GAGAGAGGCACGUCAUAGUCUCAAGUUAUUUUUGGUCAAUGCGAGACUGGUCUACUUAUUAGAUAUCCGAGAUGAAAAACAGCAGUUCCCUCCUUCUAACCACCUAGUAUUCUGUAUCUGUUUUACUGCUUGUCUUUUUACGAUAUCGAUCAAUUGUAUCCGGUUCGCGACGGGGUGCAUUCAUUACUAUGUCAGGGCCAACGUUAAAUCCAGAGCCUGCUCUGCCAGAAGAACGCGAAAAGUUGAACCUUCCACCCAAAAGUUAUGCCGACGCUGCCGAGGAAACACCAGAAUCGCCAGACGAUGGAAGCAAUGAAAAUAACGAAAACAGAGAGAAUGGCGUGAAUGGACAAACUGCCCCGAGUGCGAAUGGCACGGGCAAAUAUGAACCUAAGCACAAAGUGUCAGUUCUGAGGAUCGUGGAUACGAACGGUUCAGAUUCUACCAAAUCUGCCGACGAACAGGAUACAAGACCAAGCUUCGAUAGGCAGGAGUCGAAAAGAGAAUACUCGGCAACGGGCCUCGACGAUACCCCGAAAAGCCCUCCUCGACAGAGGCACCGAAAAUCAUCUUCCCAAAAAUCAAAUGGGUCUAAUGAGAAUGGUCAGGACGCGAACACAAAUACAAUGGCUCAUACUCAGAACAAUACCAAGCACAACACGGCCGUCUUCAAAAACGAAAAAAAUGGCAGCAAGCUCAUCAGCGUGAAGCCCUCAGGGGAUUACGAAAAACAGCUUCAAAGGGAUCACAGUGAGGCCCCAAAGCCCAAGGACGAAAAACUGGUUAGUGGGAGACAAGCUGGACAAAGAUGGCAUACAAGCGGCAUUCGAUGGGCCCCAAUGAAUGUUCCACUUCAACGCAGACUUCAAACCUUGGUGGUACUGUUUCACACACUCUGCAUCGCCAUUUUUGUAUCCAUGUUCUUUUUUCUAUGCGCGAUACCCCUUUUCUGGCCAAUAUUGAUCCCAUAUAUGAUCUACCUCAUCACAUCCAAGGCUUCAAUAUCCGGGACUUUGAGCCAUCGUUCAAACUUCUUCCGGUCGCUACCUGUGUGGUCAUUGUUUGCAUCUUAUUUUCCAGCCCGGUUACACAGAACUCAAGAGCUACCGCCGACGAGGAAAUACAUAUUCGGAUAUCAUCCCCAUGGUAUAAUCUCCCAUGGGGCGUUUGCCGCCUUUGCUACUGAAGCUCUUGGGUUUUCUCAGCUCUUCCCUGGUAUCAAGAAUACACUUCUCACGUUAGAUACUAAUUUCAGAAUACCACUAUAUCGUGAAUACGCUUUAGCAAUGGGGCUUGCGUCUGUGUCUAAAGAAUCUUGCGAGAAUCUACUUUCAAAGGGCGGACCAAACAGGGAGGGCAUGGGUCGCGCAAUUACUAUCGUUGUUGGAGGCGCAGCAGAAUCACUGGAUGCACAGCCAUACAGUCUCAGAUUGGUCCUUAAACGUCGCAAGGGUUUCGUCAAGAUGGCCAUCCGAACCGGUGCAGACUUGGUUCCGGUUCUAGCAUUUGGCGAGAAUGAUCUUUAUGAUCAAUUUUCAGCCGACUCACACCCAUGGAUCCACAAAUUUCAAUUACUGGUUAAGAAAUUGAUGGGAUUUACCAUACCCCUCUUUCAUGCUAGAGGCGUCUUCAACUACGAUGUUGGCCUUAUGCCAUAUCGAAGGCCUCUAAAUAUUGUCGUCGGCCGGCCGAUUAAAGUAAUUCAAUCUAAAACGCCAGAACAACAGGAUAUUGAUCGCGUUCACGAGGAAUAUGUGACGGAACUGGAGAGGCUAUGGGACUUAUGGAAGGACGAUUUUGCUCCUAAUAGGAAGGGUGAGCUCCAGCUCGUUGAAUGAAGCUUUCCUUUGUAAGGGUUUCUUUUCAUGGCAUUUUGGGAUUUGGCAUGCUUAUCAGCGCCAGAGGGAUUCACUUCUAUGUAUAAAUAAUAUUAUUUGGCACUCAGAUUUACACAUCGAUAUUAUUAGUUUACAAUUCAAACAAACCGUGUCUAGCGUUCGCAGGAGCAAGAGCAAGAGCAUGAGCGGAAUGAUGGAUGUUCUUCAUAUCGUUGGUGGUCAGCGUUAUAAUUGUUCAUGAUAUUUAUUGCCUUUGGCACUACGUGUGAGUGUGGAAAGGACAGCGAAUGAAGCUUGCAGUUCAAUUUUCAUAUUUGAAUGUACCAGUUCGGUUCCAUGACCCUACUCAUAUGAUUUAUCGAAAUUAUCUAUGUGCUCCAGCCUCCAGAUCAUACCAAUUUCCCAGACGAGUAACAUUUUUCAAUAUCACUCGAACGUCUCGAGACCAAUGAAAUAUUGUGCUUUGAAAUAUGGAUCAUCUUUUGAGUCCA